AUGGCGACUAUGCAUGAGUGUAUUGCUAUAAACACAAAUAAUAUCAGUCAGAAUCACUUUUGUAUGGUCUUUUCAAAGUUUAAAGACUAUCUAACACGUAAUGUCAACGGCAGAAUCAAGUGGCUGGGUGAUUUUGAGAAUUUGAAGCAUUUUAUGGCAGAAUUAUAUGAUGCUGGAGGUGUCUGGAACUCGCCCGGGGGAAGUGCUAAAGUAUUUCUUUAUGAUCAAAUCAAGCUUACAUGGUAUGCGGACAACAACUCUAUGAUAUUUAAAGGUGUUGAUGGCCAAAUUCUGGAACGAUUGGUGAUUUCUACGCUAGAAACUGGCGUGCUAGAAACUGGCGUUUUAUUAACAAACGUGCAUAGUAACGGCGAUCUUGAGUUAAACACAUCAAAUAUUGAAGUUUGUGAUAAAGACAAGGUCGAAAGCUACUUUAAAGAUUGUUCUUCUCAAACGGUGAAUCAUCAUGAAAGAUGCACGAAUUGUGACCGAUUAUCAACAGAACUGACUGCUGCUGUAAAGAAAAUUGAUGGAUUAUAUGAGACUGUGAACAAAAUCUUCGAGUUGGUAUGUAUGAAAUCAAACUCAACAUUACUCACUGGCACGAUUAUGCAUGACCUCGGGCUAAAUACAGAUUUUAGUUCUGCUAAAGAUACAAACAGUAAUUUGCGAACUGUUUGUGAACUGUCUACAGAUCUCGAAGGAGUUAAGUUGGAUGCUGUUAUUACGGAGUCUAAACUUUCUAAAAACAUCCAUUCAAACCACGAAAAUAUUAACAAAAACAUGAAAUUGAUUGAUAAAUUCUCUCAUGAACUGGCUAUUAUGCAGUGCGAACAACAAGAUCAUUUUCGAAAAAUUUCUAAACAUGACUUAGCAAUUAAUCAAUUAAUUCAUCAUUUAGAAACUAUUCAAAGUGAGCAAGGCAAACACAAUCAACAAAUUAGUGAACAAUACACAAGUAUUGAACAAAUAAGAGAAGGAUUAGCCGUUAUGCAUGAUGAACAUGUUUUGAAUCACUCAAGCAAGAACUCGUCAGAAAUAAUACAAAGCAAGGAAAUAAAAAAUGUAAACGUUAACAGCACCUCCAGUCAUGUAAUUAUUGUACAUGACACAACCUCCUCGGCUAUGGAAACAAUACCCAAUCAAGACAAACAAUAUGACUACAAUGUCCAUUGCCCGUUUGGUAAUAGCGAUCGACCUUUAACAGAGAUCAUCGAACUGUGUGAAGAUGUAAUUAGUAUUGAUCCAGAUAAUAGUUUAAACAAAACCCUGCAGGAAAACUGUUCAUUACUUAAAACCCCAACAGAAGACCAACAAAGUGUUACAUUAAAAUCAACCCACUGUAAUGAAGCAGCGGAAUCAGGGUGUGAAAUUAAUACUAUUACUAAUCUGGCGAAUGGCGAAUCUCUUGCUCCCGAAACAUACCAAUCGAACGAAGAAUUGUCCCAUUCCAUGCCAGCGAAAACAGUUAAUUCAACUUUAAUUAAAAACGCAAUCAGAAAAAUCGGGUCCCUCCGAACAGGUCAGGUCAAAAAGCAGUGA